UUUAAUAUUCCAAUAGAACCACUGUCCACCAAAGGUCAGCCUCUGCUACGUGCUACGGCAAAAAAGUGAGAGCACUCUUCCCUGCCCUUGACAAACUGGCACAGCAGGAACCAAGUGAUGGACAGUUUCGGAUACAGCUUCCACCAAUGCGACAAUGACUGGCCAUUAUUCGACAGCGUGCCCGAGGAGUGCGGGAGCACCCAGCAACCUUCCCUGGUCACCUCCGAAGACACUGAUCUCAGCGACGAUGCCGACAAGGUCUUACCCUCCCGUCACAAGCGCAGCAGGAGGUUUAACUUCCGCAAAUAUCAGAGCCCCAGCAGAAGCAUGCCAGAUGGGUGGGGAACGAUACCCAAGGAAGUGGGGUGGCCAGUGCUUCAAGGCAAAACGUCAACCCCUUCGGUAAACAGCUCCCCUUCAGAAAGUAAGUGGCAGUGGGAUCCUUAUGAAGAUGUUUGGUCUGGCAGUGAAGAAGAGCUGGAACUGGAAAUGGUAAAUCAGUUCCUCAUGGCCAGAAGUCAAGUAAUGUCAAAUGACAAUUUAUCAGUGAGUCCCCAGAUAUUCCUGAUUUCCGGUGAGCAAGUCCAUCCUUCUCAAAUCCAGUGUCCUACAGCUUCUUCUGGACAAUCCCUGCCCCAUUCCCAAGUAUCCAGUUCAGGGUUCCAUGUUCCGGUUCGGCAAUCCCACAUUACAGAAGCCAGCGUUAGGCCCACCACCACACUGGGACUGGAUGACUCUGACAACGAAUUCUACCUGCACCAUUUAAAGACCACCGAGGACAAGCCCUUGGGUACUGGAUUAGAGCAAACUCAGGAAUCCCGAGAAGAUGAGAAGGCCCUCCAGGAGUUUCAGGAAGAUACACAGAUACAAAGCCAGCACUGUAAGGGCAGCCAGCAAACGGCUGGUAGUGCUGAAGGUCAUUGUCAAAGCACGCUUGGGGAGGAUUCAAUUGCACAGACCUUUGUCACUGUAUCAAAGGACAGACAGUUUUUAAGGACCAGGGAAACAUCAAUAGUCACAGAAUCAAUGCCUGAAAGUCUAUCUGCAGGAGUCAAGUGCAAGACUGAUUAUUCCAUCACAGUUCCAGAAAUCUAUGAGUAUUUUUACACAGAUCCUGAAGAUGAAAGGGAUCAAAACAAUGUCUCCCUGCCCAUGCCUUCCAAGCAUGAAGAUCAAGACAGCCAGCGGCGCAAGGCAGUGAAGUUAUUGACAGCAAUUAAGACCAUUGUAUGGAAAUAUUUACAGAACACAAAACAAACGCAUUCAGCGUUAGUGCCUCUCAGGAUGUCAAACCAAUCUGAGGGAGCAAAGGACAAGACUUCUUCUGACCUUGGGGCAUUGGUGAGGUACUCACCACGUGACGGAAGCCACACAAUGAUGGAAAGCCUUGUGCAGAGAGCAAGACGAGGUUUGUGCCAGUCCUGCACUCAGAAUGACCUGUGUUUAUUCUGCUUUGCCUGCGCAUCCUGGGCCAUGAGGUCUGCUAAUUCACAGUCAGACAUGUGGAAAGCUGCUUUGUUGGUGAAUCUCAGUGCCAUUUCUGCAGUGAGGUACUUCAGGAGACACAUACAAAUAGAAGAUCCCACAUCCUUGGCUCUCCAGGACACUGGGGAGAGAUCAUUCAGAUGAAUGCAUACUUCAGCUUCCAGUGAGCUCUGUGAAACUAUUAAAUCUUUUGAA